CUGUGAGCCAAUGAAAUGGCGGACAUCGACGUGUGUCGUGAAACUGACCAAUGCCAUGACGGGGUUUCCACCGGAAAGACAUCCCUCUCCAGCACACUUGUUUUUCCUGUGAUGGCGGAGCGCACAGAGCCAGAUGGUAGCGGGUUCAAUGGAACCAGUAUGUCUCAUCAGCGUUUCCGUUGCCUCGCUCCUCUAACCACGCCUCCAGGGCUACGGGGCCCCUCCCCUCUGUUGCGGACCCCGCCUCCCUUCGCCAUGCUGAGGACUCCGCCUCCUCAAGCGCGGCCCCCCUUCACCAUCCCUAACCACCCUCCACCCACGGGCAUGCCCCCGCCACCACUGCAGAGGCCGCCGUUUCUGCCCCCGCCGGGGAACUCCAUGCCGCCCCCUCCUGGCCUCAUGUUCCCCCCUGGGAUCCCCCCCACCCCAGCCCUCCCCCCCGAGCAGAUCUGGGUGGCCAACAAGACUGCUGACGGCAAGGUGUACUACUAUAAUGCCCGGACCCGUGAGUCUGUGUGGGUUAAGCCGGAGGGGGUAAAGGUCAUCCAGCAGAUGGAGUUGACCCCCAUCAUGACCCCUCAGGGGGCGGGGCCAACAGGCAUGUCCACCCUGCCUAGCGGCAUCAGCCAAUCAGCGAUGGAGUCAUCCCAGAGCCCGCCCUCCUCUCCCUCAGCCGCUGAGCCCAUGGAGGUUGCCCCGGUGACCAUGCCCCCCUCCAGCACCAUGGUGACCUUUGUACCCGCGAUGACCGUUCCCACGGUGACGGCAGUGGUGUCGGGCGUGCCCAUGCCCCCGCCUCUCUCUGCCCCGGGCACUAGAAUGCCCUUCCCUCCGGUCAUGGUACCGCCAUUCAGACUGCCCAUGCCCAUACCACUACCUGGGAUGCUUCCCGGCAUGGCCCCGCCCUUAGUUCCCAUGAUGCCCCACCAGGUGGCGAUGACAUCACCGGCCGGCCUGUCCAUCUCGGAGUGGGUGGAGUUUAAGACGCCGGACGGGAAAGCGUACUACUACAACAGCAGAACACGGGGGACCACAUGGGAGAAGCCAGCAGCACUCAAAGACAAAGUAGAGAAAGAGCAGGAGAAGGACUCCAGUGUGUCGGCUGCUGAUGAUGAUGAUGGUGAGAUCAUGGACAUGGAGGAGGACAAGACCAAGAUGGAGAAGAGCACUCCUCCAGAGAUCAAGGUGGAACUGAAGGAGGAGGAGAUGACUGAAGAGGAGAAAACUGCUCAGAAAGCCAAACCAGUGGCGACCACAGCCAUCGCCGGAACACCCUGGUGUGUGGUGUGGACAGGUAAUGAGCGUGUGUUCUUCUACAACCCAACCACACGUCUGUCCAUGUGGGAGCGUCCGACCGAGCUGAUUGGUCGAGCUGAUGUGGAUCGGAGCCUUCAAGACCCGCCCCACAAAAGCACCCCCUCGCUAGAACCACCGAAGCCAGUGAUGAUGAAGGAGGAGGAGCUGGAGGCGGGGCCAUAUGACCAGCAGCAGCAGCAGGAGGAGGAGGAGCCAAUCAUGGCCAAGAAGAGAAAGCAAGAGGAACCGGAGAAGGACCCAGCAGUGGAGGCGGAGCUUAGGGCAGCGCGUGAGAGAGCCAUCGUUCCCACGGAAACACGCAUGCAGCAGUUCAAAGACAUGUUGCUGGAACGUGGGGUAUCUGCCUUCUCUACAUGGGAGAAGGAGCUGCAUAAGAUCGUCUUUGACCCCCGUUACCUCCUCCUCAACCCUAAAGAGAGGAAACAGGUCUUUGAUCAGUAUGUGAAAACUCGUGCGGAGGAGGAGAGGAAGGAGAAGAAGAAUAAGAUCCUUCAAGCGCGAGAGGACUUCAAAACCAUGAUGGAUGAGGCCAAAAUCAGCCUUAGGACGACGUUCAGUGAGUUUGCUGCGCGCCACAGUAGAGACGCUCGCUUUAAGGCGGUGGAGAAGAUGAAGGACCGCGAGGCCGUCUUCACGGAGCACAUGGCCACCCUCCGCAAGAGGGAGAAGGACGGGAGCAAGAACCGCCAGGACAAGGUGAAGCAGGACUUCUUUGCGCUGUGUGAGGAGCAGUGUGUUGAAGUUGGCCAGCGCUGGAGUAAGAUGAAGGAGAAGCUGGAGGAAGAUCCUCGCUGCAGAGCUGUUGAGUCUCACACACGAGAGGAUCUCUUCAAGGCCUACACCGAGCAGCUGACCAAGAACCCGUCGUCGGAGCAGGCGCGUGAGCAGGCCCGGGCGGCGCGUGUGGAGGCCAGUCUGCGUGAGCGCGAGCGGGAGGUCCAGAAGGCCCGGAGCCAACAGAGCCGAGAGAUCACCAGGGAACGAGAGGUGCACAAGAGAGAAGAGGCCAUCCAACACUUUAGAGCUCUGAUGUCUGAUAUGGUGCGGACGCCGGACGCCUCCUGGUCGGACACGCGGCGUGCGCUACGGAAGGACCACCGCUGGGAGUCGGCGUCGCCGCUGGAGCGUGAGGAGAAGGAGCGGCUCUUCAACGAGCACGUGGAGGGACUCGGCAAGAAGAAGAAGGAGCUCUUCAGGCAGCUGCUGGACGACACUAACACUAUCACUCUGACCACCUCGUGGAAGGAAGUGAAAAAACUCAUCAAGGAGGAUCCCCGCUGUAUCAAGUUCUCCAGCAGUGACCGGAAGCGCCAGCGUGAGUUUGAAGACUACAUCAGAGAUAAAUACGUUACGGCUAAAACCGAGUUCAGAACACUUCUCAAAGAAACCAAGUUCAUCACCUACAGAUCCCGUAAGUUGCUGCAGGAGUCGGACCAGCACCUGCGUGACGUGGAGAAGGUUCUAGAGAACGACCAGCGGUACCUGGUUCUGGACUGUGUUCCGGAGGAGCGUCACAAACUGCUCAUGUCGUAUAUCAGCGAGCUGGAGCGCCGCGGACCGCCUCCCCCCCCGACCGCAUCGGAACCCACGCGCCGCUCGACUAAAUAACACACACACACUCCACUCAGAUCCUCAUGACACACACACACACACACACACACACACACACACACACACACACACACACUCAUAGAUUAUCAUGCCACAUAUGCAGCCACACCUUCAUCACUAGACCACAAGCCAGCCAGCCAAAAAUCCUGUUAUUCAU